AUGGCUGAGGCUUUCACAAACCCAAUUCGUCCUGACCUGUUCAACCCUGACCAGUUCAACCCUGACCAGUUCAACCCUGACCAGCUCAACCCUGACCAGUUCAACCCUGGCCAGUUCAACCCUGACCUUGAGGAGCCUCUACAAGCGACUGAUGAACCUGAGACGCUUCCCGCUAGUGAAAUUCUCCCAGAUGUCACCCUCUCCAGCGAUCUACCUGCAAGUGCAAUCGGCCCGGUGAUCACCCUGCCAGCCCCAAUCACCGGCACAGAGCCCAUGCCGCCAGGAAAGUGGGCGGAUCUCAUCAUGACACCCCCCCUCAGGUUUCCCAUCGCAAUUUCCAGAUAUGGUCUCAGGGGAGACAUUCUGGAAAAGCUUCUGGCCAUGAAGUGCAUCAACGAACCUGUUCUCCGCUGGAAAGCGAGCUCGAAUUCGCCUUGGGACGCAAAAACACUCUAUUCGCGCAUCAACUACAGCACGAUUAAUGUGGAAGCCGCCGUAAUGCAGUGUGUGGGAACGAUCAUCCAGGACCCCCAGGAAAUGUGCCAUAGCUGUAGCAGGCGGUAUGGUCCAUUUGCGUUCUGCGUCCGGGUGGACGGAGUACAGGAUUGUGGGAACUGUCAUUGGAGCAGGCAGUCCUACCGGUGCUCCUUUAACACCAGCCUGCCCGCUCGCCCGGUUCGGUGGAGAGGGCAGCGUGUGAGGCCGGAAGAAGCAGACGCCGUUGCGGAGGAAAUUGCUGAGCUGAAGGAUGCUCAUCGGGAGAUUUUGAAAUUGUUGGCGUCUCAUGCCGAUGCACUUGAGAAUGCAUCUGAUUACUACAAAGCGACAGUGUUUGCUGAUCCACUGCAAAUCGGUCUAACGAUACCGCCUUCUGAGAGGGUGCAGGCCCUCGAGGAGUAUUACCAUUAUCUCACUUAUCUUUGGAUUCCGGAAGGUCAUAGCGCAAGCCUGAAGACCAGUGAGGAGUUCGGACAUCUGGCUGAUAAGGUGACUAAAACUAUGGCCAGAAUAGAAGUCUUGUUGGAGUAG